CCGCCGUUCAUGCAUCAUGACAUGAAGGUGUCAUGGCCGGCUUGCAUCACCACCGGACACAGUAUCCAUGAGAAGGUCUUCGCACCUAUCGCAAGGGCGCCUCAAUCGAGACCAAGCCACCGACGAACCGUCGGAAGGAUUGAUGGCCAAACAACGAUAAUUCUACCUUCGGCUGGCCUUGGAAUACAUCGCGCUUUAUAAAAGGGUCUAGAGGUAGGCUACGUGCUGCAGUAUUGUCGCCAAGCUCCACGACCGGCCUCGCUUGAACUCACACGAUGUCUGACUUCAUUCCCUCGUCGCCGCAAGGAUGGUCCGCAUGGGCCAGAUCAGCGGUCGUGACAAAAAUUCCAGCCACCAAGAGCUUCGAGCAGACUUCAGUCAACACAUUCGUACACGAUGUCUUCGUCGACUUGGCUCCCGUGAACCUAACCCGAUCUGAUUUCACGAGUGUAUACACCGAUAUACUCGCUCUCUCUUCGAAGGCAAUCAUGCAGUUACUUUUGCCCAAACUCGCAUUAGUACGCCUCUACGCAAGGGUGAUCACAUCGGACCAGCCGACCAUUCUCGAGCUAUGUCCCUCUUCGCGCGACUCCGCGGCGCAGGUCGUCCUCUGGGCUACUUACCUUGACCGACCGCUAUCUGUGGCGCUUAAAGGGCAGCAGCCGCAGUUGCUCAACCUAGGCCCCAACUCCGACCACGUUGGCGUGUCCAUCGUCGUAAAGAACGGGGUCAUCUCCCUCACCUACCUCCCGAAGUAUGUGACGCCGGACCUGGAUGCGAAUGGGCACCUCGCCAAGUUACUCGCCACUCAGCUGCGCAUCGCCUCUACACUGUUCUGGACCCAGCCCGCCGUCGCUUCCGCGAUUGCGUGGCACGUCGUGCGCGCUACCGCGCAGUCCCAUGACUCUGCCGCCCUCAAUAUUCAGGCCUCCGCGCUGCAACAACAGAUUGGCGCAUCUCAGCUAGCGGGCCCGGGCCUCACUUACGCCCCCGUCCUGAAGCUGGAGUACUACAAGAACACAAUCGCUCCCGUUCUCGACGCUGGUGCCGCUUUUCAGCAGCAGUACGACCGCUUCACCGACAAGGCGGCGACCCUCGACGAUCAGCUUCAGGCAUGGGAUAUCAUGAUCAAGCAGGCGGAGGGCGCGCUCGUGAUGCUGCAACAGCUGGCUGAUGACGCGAAGGCGAAGUGGGACGCUUCGCGGCAGAUCCUACGCGCGGCGCAGAACGAUAUGCGAAGCCAUCAGCUCACCCUCGAGGAUAGGGCGGCCGAAUUCCGGGCAGGAAUCGAGGUGUGGAAGGUGCAUCAGAUUGUCGAAGCCGUUGUCCACAUCCUCAAGGCCGUCGUUACGUUCGCCAUUGCUAUCGGUGCGAUGUGUGUUGGCGACCCGGGGCCAGCCGCCGGCGCCCCCACGGAGGCUGCUGAGGCUGUCAAAGAGGUCGCCGCGGCAGCUGAGGCCGCGAGCGAGGUCACAAAGAUCAUCUCGAAGAAGACGCUCGAGUCUCUCGAGAAACUCAUCGAGAUGCUCUCCUCCCUCCUCGAGACCACGAUAUUGAACGUGAACUCGAUCAUCUCAGCCACCAGUGGAGGCGGGACACUCUCGCCCUUCCCCGCUUCCGAGAAGGGGAACGAGGACCUCGAGGAGCUUGCCGGCGUCGCCGCGUGGGACAAGUGGACCCUCGACAUCGAGGAUCAGAUGCAGUUCGCGGUCUCGGAGGACAUCGGGGGCGCAUCGGCGUACCUCCUCGAGCUCAAGAAGCACGCUAUCGACGGAAAGCUGGUGACGCAGGCUAGUGCGCAGACGAUCAAGGCUGGGCAGGAGUUCGUACAGGUCCAGCUCUCCUUGAAGCUUGCGCAGGCGGACCUAGCGCGCUUGCAGGAGUUGCGCAAAAGCUUCCAGGGAGAGAAGGACCAAUUUGAGUCCGCUCGGCUGUACUUCUACGAUCGCCUGGACAGCAUGCGUACCAGCGUCCUCAUCGAGCUGCGCAACCUGGUAUGGGCGUUCAAGUUCUACACGCUGACCGACAGCAAGGUGGUUCUUGACCCACUGAAGGCGAUGGAGGAUUACAAGGGAGAUCUGGCUCUUCUGAUUCAAGAAGUCGAGAAGUGGGAGGAAGGCUUCGCAAGCGACAAGUCUCCCAUCCACUUCAUUAGGGAGGUCAACGACCCAUGCUUCAAUGGCAUAGGAAGUGGCAUCAUUGCCUCCCUGAAGGAAGAGUACAAGGCUACGUUCGCCCUCGCACCCAGUCCCUCUACCGUUCCAUCGGCCACCUAUAACGCAGGACCGUUCACCGACGGGAGCUGCUUCCGCGUCUUCGGCCUCCGCGCCUUCCUCGUGGGCGUCGUCCCCAAGCCAGAGGCACUCUCGCAGGACGGUACGGCUCUCGUCUGGAUGACGAUCCGCACUUCGGGCGCCUAUCAAGACAUCCGCGGCGAUGAUAUGGUGCUGGGAUUCACGAGCAUGCCCCAGGAGCGGCAGUUCAAGUAUCGGGUCGAUGAAAAUGGCCAGGCGAUUCCGGAGCCCGACGGCAUCGAGGUGGAUAGCAUCAUCCCGAUGGGCAACCAUAUGGAUCCGCCACCAUUCACGCAAUGGUCUAUUACACUCAACCAGCCAGAUCUCCUGGAAUUGGAGGGGCUGACAGGUCUCAAGCUGGAGUGGAUGGGAGAGGCGUACCUGUAGAACAUAUAUACGACAGAUAAAUAUCCUCUUUACCGAACUCCAUGCCGAGAAC